GAAGAAGAAAAACGAACCUCGCGGUCCCGUUUUUCAUUAUUUUCAGAACCAUCGUUCAAGUGGGGACUGCGGGGACGACGAGGACGCUGGCAUGAUGACCUCGGAACGUCGAGCCGGCUUGGGACCUCCCAACGCUGGCCUCCAAAACACGCCGCCGCCCUCACCAGUCCCAGACUACAGUGACAUUACCGCACUUACGAAAGUGAACCGUUCUAGAGGAGGGAGGCGUAGCCAUGCUCUCAAAUGGUUUGGUCUCGCCGGAGGAAUCGCCUUCGUUGUCGUCAUCAUGGCCUUCCCCGCUGUCAUGAUCGGUCUCUCCGAAGACGCUCGACUUCAAUAUCUGAGCCUUCAAAAGCAGAAUCCUUGGACAACAAACAAGGGGACUGAUGAGCGCAGCACGGAAUCCACCACUGCUGCGUCAAAAGGCUUAAGGCGACGUUUGGCCCAGAUACCAUCUUCACGAAGAACGUACCGCAUGAAGUUCCCAAUGAGAUCCAGCACAGCGGCACCUAAAAGCGAAGACGAUAUUCCAGCCGGAUUGCACGCCAUGCAAUGCUCCGAUGAGUCCUGUGAGAGCGAGACCUCCUACAUGAAGCACCUGUUUACUUCCGGCAAAGAUCCUUGCAACGACUUCUACGACUUUGUCUGCGGCCACUGGAAGGAACAGAACCCGCUGCCACCUACGAGACUACGGUGGUCUGUUGAAGACGCACUCAUACAAAAGAUAGAAGGCUCUGUCUACUGGUUUCUUGAAGAUUUCUCCCGCAUCUAUAAGGACAUGAUGGCGAACACGACCCUGCCGACCACGAAGCUCUACUCGCAUCUUAAGGCUUGUGAAGAUACAGACACCAUCGACUUGAAAGGGUUUGCGCCGCUGCGGAACGUCUUCCAACACCUGUACCUCGAAAAGUGGCCUUUACAAUCCGGAGACGACAACACUGACGGCAAGGAUCCAGACCUGGAGGAGAUCACUGGGAUGAUCGUUCGAGAUCUCGCCAUCCAUCCCUUUGCCUACAUCAGCGUUCGGGGUGACCUUCGUCACGGUGGUCCGCAGCCCUGGCUUCAGAUUGACGAACCGCGGCUAUCCAUGAGCCGUCACAAGUACUUUGACGUGGCGUUCAAUCUAAAUGAGUACAAGCAGCAGGUGACUGAUGCCUUGAAUUUUGUCAACGAGCGCAACGACUCAGCGUUACUUGCUUCGGAGAUCGUCGAUCUGGAGCAACAACUUGCGGAGGGUAUGGAUGGCACGUCCGGAUGGCUGUCGGAGUACGUGGAAUUUGACACCGUCAAGUUGGACGACUUGCCCACUUCACAGAAAUGGAACUGGCCCGCGUUUCUCUCUGCCUUGUUUGACGACGACGCGGCCAUCACGAGCAACGUCACUGUCCUGGUGAAGUCUUCGAAAUACCUGGAGAAGCUGAUGAAAAUUCUAGAGACGACACCCAGGCACACCCUCAUGAACUAUUUGGGUUACCGCGUCAUGUCUACCAUGGCCGUCUAUCUUCCUAAAAAAGCGCAUUUUCUGGCCAAGAGAAGCUGGCAGCGUCUCGGCUAUCAGGAGUUGCCUGAGAGGUGGCGCGUCUGUAUGAGAGCCGUGGACGGCGUCAUGGGUCUCACGAUGCACGCACUGCAUUACGAGAGCUAUGCGAAGAGGAACACACUCAAUUUCAAGAAUCACUUCGCAAAGUUUACUGGAGUCGUCUCAGCGUUGAGCAAUUUCUUCAACGACUAUGCGAAGACAAAGCACCAGAGCUUCUACGACUGCAACGCCAAGCUGCAAAAGUUGAAGUUGAUGAGCUUCGCCCCAAACAUCUCGAAGGCCCUGAAUCUGGAUGCGGAUAUUUACGAGCCAAUACCCAUAGUUGAUGACGGGAACGCCUUAGAGGGUUACUACGUGGCGAGGUCCUACGUCAGUCGAGCAAUGUGGGACAGCGCACUCAACGGAUCGAGGAAGAACAGCAAGUGGCGAAAGUCUGUUUUCGACCUGUCCUGCUCCUACGACCCCAAUGCCAACAGCUUUGAGCUUCCGCUGUCACUAUUUCACGAACCUUUUUUCUACGACGAUGACACCCUACCAUUCGACGACCCGCGGGUGACGUUCCGCAUCGCUAGGGAGCUAGCCAAAGUGUGUCCUCAAAAUGGCGUCACUUACGACCCCGACCGUGAGAAGGCCGUGUGGAUGGACACGACCGCCACUCUGAACACAUCAAACAGUGACGACGCCCGUUGCUUCAUUAAACAGUACUCGAACAUCACCGCCAAAGAAAUCAACGCCACGGCAAGUACAUUGCAAACAUUUUCAUAGAUGCGACAACUCAGGAAUU